GAUAGCUCCGGUCCGUGUUUUGUGCGCUUCCUCUCCGCUACCGUGAGCUCCAGCCCCUUUCUCCCCGUCAGCCUCUCACUUCGGCUCAAUAUGUCUCAAGAUGGCGGCCAAUGCGGGAUCGAUGUUUCAGUAUUGGAAGCGCUUUGAUUUACAACAACUGCAGAGGGAACUUGACACCACCGCCACACAAUUGGCCAACCGACAAGAUGAGAGCGAACAGUCCAGAAAAAUACUCAUCGACCAGAGCCGCGAGUUCAAGAAGAACACACCAGAGGACUUACGCAAGCAGGUAGCACCACUGCUGAAGAGCUUUCAGGCUGAGGUCGAUGCCUUGAGUAAGAGAAGUAAGGAGGCUGAGGCUGCCUUCCUGAAUGUCUAUAAGAGACUCAUCGAUGUGCCAGAUCCCGUGCCAGUGCUGGAGCUCACACAGCAGCUGCACCUGAAGGUUCAAAGGUCACACGACAUCGACACCGAGAACCAGAAACUCAGACAGACGCUUGACGAGUACAACAAAGAGUUUGCCGAUGUCAAGAACCAGGAGGUGACAGUGAAGGCUCUGAAGGAGAGGGUCCGUGAGUACGAGCAGAACCUGAAGAGCCAAGCAGAGAACCUUGCGCACGAGACCCAACUACAGCUGCACAGUGACUACAGCGAGAAAGAGAGGAAAUUUCAAGAGUCUCAGGAAUCUCUGGCCUCUAAGCUGGAUGAGGCCGACCACAAGACCCAGUCCCUUCAGACAGCUUUAGAAGCCACUCAGGCUGAACUGUUCGACCUCAAGACCAAAUAUGACGAGGAGUGCAUUGCAAAGGGCGAUGAGAUUGAGAUGGUGAUGACGGACUUGGAGAGAGCCAAUCAGAGGGCGGAGGCAGCAGAAAGGGAGGCGGAGUCUCUGAGAGAGCAGCUCACCUCAACCAACACGUCUCUUCAGCUGGUCAGUCAGAGAACACCGGACACGUGUCUAGAGGCUGAACUCUGUUCUAAGGACCGUGAGAUGACCCAGCUGCUUGAGGAUGUCCAGCGCCUGCAGACCAGCUUGACUAAACUGAGGGAGAGUUCAGCCAAUCAGAUCGGUUCCCUUCAGGAGCAGCUCAACAUCAAGACCAACACACUCAAGGAAUUGGAAGGAAAACUUCAGCAGCAGGGUGAUUAUGAAGAAGUGAAGAAAGAGCUCAGUAUCCUGAAAUCCAUGGAGUUUGGACCUACAGACGGCUCUGUGCAGGACUCCUCCAAACCUCUAGAGGUGCUGUUGUUGGAGAAGAACCGCAGUCUGCAGUCUGAGACGGCCUCCCUGCGCAUCGCACACAAUGAGCUCAGCGGGUCAGCUGGAUGGAAAGGGAAAGAGGCGGAGCCCCAGCAGUGCCCGCCCUCCUCAGCCCCGCCCCUCCCCCAGGGCGCCACCCCUUCUCCCCCCUCCUCCUCUCAGCCGCUGCCUCGUACCGGCGUGGGCCCCCCCCUGAGUGCCGGGGCCCCCCACCCGCCUCCUGAAGCUAACGCUAAGGCUAACUGUAGCGCCCCGCUGGAGCUGUUGGGCUCAGCGCUGCCCCCGGUGGUCAGCUCCUUCCUGCAGCGCCAGCAGCUCAUGCAUAGCCUCUACUCCGGGGGGGGGGGCCUGCUCUUCGCCCCCCCGCCCUUCCCCGCCCUGCCCCCCCCCACGGGGGCGCCCCCCAGCCCCGACCUGAACGGCGGUGGCGCCUCCCCCUCCCCGUCCCCCUCCCCCGGCGUGGAGCUCCCUGAGGGCUGUGGCGGUGGUGAGGCCGUGGACACGGCGGAGGUGGCGCGCCACAUCAAGGAGCAGCUGAUCAAGCACAACAUCGGGCAGCGGGUGUUCGGCCACUACGUGCUGGGCCUGUCGCAGGGCUCCGUCAGCGAGAUCCUGGCCCGGCCCAAACCCUGGAGCAAGCUCACGGUGCGCGGCAGGGAGCCCUUCCACAAGAUGAAGCACUUCCUGUCCGACCAGCAGAACGUCCUGGCGCUCCGCAGCAUCCAGGGACGACAGAGAGGGAACAUCACCACUCGGAUCAGAGGUCCAGAGGGCGGUUCUGAUGAGGCCAUCCGGUCCAUCCUGGAGCAGGCCAAGAGGGAACUGCAGGUCCAGAAAGCAGACCCCCAUGCUUCUAACAGUGGGAGCAGUGUGGGCGUGGCGGGGGGCGGGGCCUGUGGUGGGAGUGACGAGGCGAUCCGUCUGAUCCUGGAGGAGGCGCGGCGAGAGAUGGAGGCGCAGCGGGUAGCCAUGGAGACGCAGCUCAAGGCCUCUUCCUCCUCCUCCUCCUCCUCCUCCAUGGAGACGCAGCUCAAGGCCUCUUCCUCCUCCAUGGAGACGCAGCUCAAGGCCUCCUCCUCCUCCUCCUCCUCCUCUUCGUCUCUUCUGGGGGCCCCCGCCCUCCCGCUGUCACUCAAGAAGACCCUCCCUCUCUCCGGCUCCGCCCCUUCCUCUCCCGCCCAAUCACAGCUGCUUGACGUCCACAUGAAGAAGGAGAAAGGCGGAUCCCCACUGCCUGAGAACACCGCAGGGCCACCAGAGGCUCACUGGAGCAGUGCACCCUACAGACCGGAGGACCACAACACAGAGGUGCUGGGCAGUGUAAAGUCUCAGAGUAAGGCAGGUCAGGCAGGUCCACUUGUCCGCAUGCAGCUUUGGCUCAACGGAGAUCUGGGACAACACACACAAGACGGGACUCCUAAGACGUCGGCCAGCUGCAGCCCCGCCCCUGAGUCUCCCGUGAGCUCAGCCGAGGAGGACUCAAUAUCCCAUCAGGCCUUGGAGGACUCAAUAUCCCAUCAGGCCUUGGAGGACUCAAUAUCCCAUCAGGCCUUGGAGUCGGUGAGGAGCCCGGGGGACUCGCUAUCCCAUCAGGCCUUGGGCUCCGACGCCCCCUCAGAGAGCUCCCAGCCCAGCACGCCCCUGCCCCUCCCCCUCCCCCUGUCCUGCGCCCAAUCAGGGCUCAGCAUCCAGGAGAUGGUUGCCAUGGCAACAGAGCUGGACACCUACAGCAUCACCAAGAAGGUCAAGGAGGUUCUCACUGACAACAACCUCGGCCAGCGCCUGUUUGGCGAGAGCAUCCUGGGCCUGACGCAGGGCUCGGUGUCGGACCUGCUGGCGAGACCCAAGCCGUGGCACAAGCUGAGUCUGAAGGGGCGCGAGCCGUUCGUCCGCAUGCAGCUGUGGCUCACCGACCCCCGCAACGUGGAGAAGCUCAUGGACAUGAAGCGCAUGGAGAAGAAAGCCUACAUGAAGAGGCGACACAGUUCGGUGUGUGAGGGUCAGAUGCUGGACGGUGGCCCAGGAGGCUCAGACAGUCAGGCGGGCUCCCCCCACCCCCACCCCCACGCCCACGCCCCCCUCCAGGGGCCGUCUCACCUGAAGAAGGUGCGUGUGGUGCUGGCCCCCGAGGAGAAGGAGGCGCUCAAGAGGGCCUACCAGGACCGGCCGUACCCCUCCCCCAAGACCAUCGAGGGGCUGGCCAGCCAGCUGGGCCUCAAGACCAGCACCGUCAUCAACUGGUUCCACAACUACAGAUCCAGGAUCAGGCGGGAGCUGUUCAUUGAGGAGAUCCAGGCGGCAGAGAGCCAGAAGGCCAGUGAGGGCGACAGCUGUGACGGAACCCAAUCUGACGGAACCACAGAGAACCGGCCUGCCAGAACUCCCCCGGACAGACAGGCCCCCCUGUGGGGCGAGGAGGAGGCGUCCGCACACACACACACACACACACACACUCCCCACACACAGACACACACACACUCGCCUGCCACCCUGGCCUGUGCGGACGCUCCGGCGGGUGAUGUGGGCGUGGCUCAGGGUGGCGGGCGGAGCUCGGGUCUCUUCAGCUUGUCUGAAGCCACGUCUCCCGUCGCCGCACGGUUGCCUAGAGACAGCAGUCUGCGCAAGAAGAAAGCGGCCAACCUCAACAACAUAAUCCACCGGCUGGAGAAGGCCGCCAGCAAAGAGGACAGCCAGGAGCAAGACUGGGAGUUUUAACACACACACACACACACACACGUGCGUUAUUUCCAAAGCCCUGAGCCCUGCUCUGGCGGGAGUGGGAAGCCAAAGCUGAGAAGAGUGUGUGUGGAAGAGAAGAUUAGAAAUGUGUGUGAUAAAGAGGAGUCACACUGAUUUAGAGCACUUAACCGUCCUGCAAGACACACACACACACACACACACACACACACACACAGACACACACACACACACACACACACACACCCUUCAGCCUUUAGGUCAUCUGGAAGCUCAGCCCCUGGAGUUUGCCUGUGAGGUUGUGUGUGCGUGCGUGUGGCGUGUGUGUGUGUAAGUGUGU